AUUGGAACAUCCCCCUGCUUUCUACAAUGUCUAUUUUCAGUAAGUCUAAGCCCGUCACAUGGAGUAAGGAGAUGAGUGCCAGUCAGAACAUAUCUGACAGCAACAGGAAGAAGACCAGUCUGCUGAAAGACACCAGCUGGAUCAGACGUAGCAUGGAGGAGGAGGAGGAGGAGGAGGAGGAGUAAGUGUGACUCACACACACGUAGUGUACACACACAUGCAUCCUUAGACACACACAUCACACACACACACACAUACACACAUAGUGUAAUGGCCUGUUGAUAAAGAAAUGUGUGAGUAAGAUAUGACUAAAAUGUUACACCCUCAGUUAAAUUAAUAAUGUCUGACUAAUUAGUAGACUAGAGCUUAGAGAAUUAAUCAAAUGUGUUUAUAUCCCAGCAACAGAGUACGAUUGAAACCAAUAACAGGAGACUGGUUCAAAAAACACACAGGGAAAGGAGAGCAUGAAAAGGUUUCAGAAUAUUGUGAGGACGGCGAUAUCUAAGGAAUGCAGCCUGCCCGAGAAAGGAGUAGAAUAUGAUAAGAACAUGUGUGUGUGUUUGUGUAUGUGUGUGUGUGUGUGUGUGUGUUUGUGUGUGUUUGUGUAUGUAUGUGUGUGUGUGUGUGUGUGUGUGUGUGUGUGACCUGAUGGUCAGGAGAGCAGAGGAAAACAUGAGCUAAACCCAGGUACAGUGGAAAUAUACAGCCUACAGCGGGGUGGGAUUUUUCCUCUGACGUGUGCGUAUAAAAAUAUUGUAUGACCAUUUUGUUGCAGAGCGCUCUCAUGAAUAAAUAUGCUGACCAUUGCAGGAUUGAGUCUUUGUUUAAAUUUAUUUAAACUAAGAGAUUUACAACCUUUUGGGAAAUAUUCUAAGACUUAAGAAGUAGUUGGCUUCAACCAUUGAGAUAACAAAAUUCUCGUGACACCUGUCGCGACCCAAACUUUUAAGUCGCGACCCAAACUUUGACAGAGAGGUUCUGAGCUGUCUCAAAUCUACUGACACUGUCGAAUGGUAAAAAGUUGACCAAUCUCAAACAUCCAAAUGAUUUGACAAUAUCACAUUUGGUAGGAUUCUCUCUCUCUAACAUCAGUCUCCCUCUGUCUGUUUAGUGCUAACCACAGCCAGCCGUCAGAGGUGGGCCUGCCCAACCCUUCCACUGCCAGCAGCCCUAGCCUGCCCAACCCUUCCACUGCCAGCAGGCCUAGCCUGACCAACCCUUCCAUUGCCAGCAGCCCUAGCCUGCCCAACCCUUCCACUGCCAGCAGCCCUAGCCUGACCAACCCUUCCACUGCCAGCAGCCCUAGCCUGCCCAACCCUUCCACUGCCAGCAGCCCUAGCCUGCCCAACCCUUCCACUGCCAGCAGCCCUAGCCUGCCCAACCCUUCCACUGCCAGCAGGCCUAGCCUGCCCAACCCUUCCACUGCCAGCAGCCCUAGCCUGCCCAACCCUUCCACUGCCAGCAGCCCUAGCCUGCCCAACCCUUCCACUGCCAGCAGACCUAGCCUGACCAACCCUUCCACUGCCAGCAGCCCUAGCAUCUCGUUCAACGAUCAGACCAAGAGGUACAUUUGCAUUGUGUCUUAUCUUAGCAGCACUGGAACGCUGAGCUGAGCAAGACAAUAUGCUGCUUAGUUUCUUCAAGUUACGGUAUGGCUUCAUGUUAUACUGUAUGUCAUGUGUCUGUGGUGUUUUCAGGAUAUUAUACUGUAUGUAUAUACUAUCUGGUAGUCACAGUGUUUUCUCUACUAUAUACUAUCUGGUAGUCACAGUGUUUUCUCUACAUAGAUAGAUAUACUAUCUGGUAGUCACAGUGUCUUCUUUAACGAUAUACAGUGCAUUCAGAAAGUAUUCAGACCCCUUGAAUUUUUUCACAUUUUGUUACGUUACAGCCUUAUUCUAAAAUUGAUUAAAUAAAUUGUUUUUCUCAUCAAUCUACACACAAUACCCCAUAACAACAAAGUGAAAGCAGGUUUUUAGAAAUCUUUGCAAAUGUAUUACAAAUAAAAAAGAUAAAUACUUUAUUUACAGAAGUAUUCAGACCCUUUGCUAUGAGACUCUAAAUUGAGCUUAGGUGCAUCCUGUUUCCAUUGAUCAUCCUUGAGAUGUUUCUACAACUUGAUUGGAGUCCAACGUGGUAAAUUCAAUUGAUUAGACAUGAUUUGGAAAGGCACACAACUGCCAAAAUGCACCUAAAGGACCCCCAGACCAUGAGAAACAAGAUUCUCUGGUCUGAUGAAACCAAGAUUGAACUCUUUGACCUGAAUGCCAAGCGUCGCAUCUGGAGGAAAGCUGGCACCUUACGGUGAAGCAUAGUGGUGGCAGCAUCAUGCUGUGAGGAUGUUUUUCAGCGGCAGGGACUGAGAGACUAGUCAGGAUCGAGGGAAAGAUGAACGGAGCAAAGUACAGAGAGAUCCUUGAUGAAAACCUGCUCAGGACCUCAGACUGGGGUGAAGGUUCACCUUCCAACAGGACAACGACCCUAUGUACACAACCAAGACCACGCAAAAGUGGCUUCGGGACAAGUCUCUGAAUGUCCUUGAGUGUCCCAGCCAGAGCCCGGACUUGAACCUGAUCGAACAUCUCUGGAGAGACCUGAAAAUAGCUGUGCAGCAACGCUCCCCAUCCAACCUGACAGAGCUUGAGAGGAUCUGCAGAGAAGAAUGGGAGAAACUCCCCAAAUACAGGUGUGCCAAGCUUGUAGCGUCAUACCCAAGAAGACUCGAGGCUGUAAUCACUGCCAAAGGUGCUUCAACAAAGUACUGAGUAAAGAGUCUGAAUACUUAAGUAAAUAAGAUUUUUCAGUUUUAGAUUUUUUUUUAUAAAUCAGCAAAAUGUUCUAAAAACCUGUGUUUUGCUUUGUCAUUAUGGGGUAUUGUGUGUAGAUUGAUGAGGGAAAAAAACAAUAUAAUCAAUUUUAAAAUAAGGCUGUAACGUAACAAAAUGUGGAAAAAGUCAAGGGGUCUGAAUACUUUCCGAAUGCACUGUAUCGACUAUCUGGUAGUCACAGUGUUUUCUCUAACUAUAUAUCUACUAUCUGGUAGUCACUCUCUACCUGUAUCUUCAUAAUGUUUAGUCAUUCUCACACAGUUGUGUCUCUGUACCUCACUAAUGUAUUUGUGUUUUUCGCAGUGGUGGAAAAAGUACUCAAUUGUCAUACUUGAGUAAAAGUAAAGAUACCUUAAUAGAAAAUGACUGAAGUAAAAGUGAAAGUCACCCAGUAAAAUACUACUUGAGUAAAAGUCUAAAAGUAUUUGGUUUUAAAUAUACUUAAGUAUUAGAAGUAAAUGGAAUUGCUAAAAUGUACUUAAGUAUCAAAAGUAAAAGUAAAAGUAUAAACCAUUUAAAAUUCCUUAUUUUAAGCAAACCAGACGGCACAAUUUUCUUGUAUUCUUUGUAUUGAUGGAUAGCCAGGGGCACACUCCAACACUCAGACAUAAUUUACAAACAAAGCAUGUGUGUUUAGUGAAUCCACCAGAUCAGAGGCAGUAGGAUGACCAGGGAUGUUCUCUUGAUAAGUGUGUGAAUUGGACCAUUUUCCUGUCAAAAUGUAACGAGAACUUUUGGGUGUCAGGGAAAAUGUAUGGAGUAAAAAGUACAUAUUUUCUUUAGGAAUGUAGUGAAGUAAAAGUAAAAGUUGGCAAAAAUAUAAAUAGUAAUGUAAAGUACAGAUACCCCAAAAAAACUACUUAAGUACUACUUUAAAGUAUUUGUACUUAAGUACUUCACAUCACUGGUUUUUUCGUUUGUUUCGUUUUCACCUCAGCCCUCCACUUCCUCCAAAGCCCAAGACUGUGUCCUCCGUUUUAAGGUAAAGAGGUCAAAAUUCUAACGAAUACUCAAGGGACUAAAAUUGUACCACACUCACAAAAAACUACGGCAGACCCUCCCAUUAAUGCACUUAUCCCUUGUAAUUCAACCGUGUCUGUCUUCCCUCUCCUCACAGCACCACCUCAAAGAGUAUGAAAGACUCCAAGACAGCCAAGAGUCCUGGCAUCACCUCCCCAAAGUCCCCAGAAUCCCCCAAGUAAGUCAGACACAUAGAGCAAGUGACUUUAGUUUGAAGUUAAAUUAUGUUGUAUUACAGUAUCUUGUGUAUAAUUGACCAACAAUCUUGUUUCAUUUCCGUGUGGUCAUGUAGAAGCUCAUCGCUGAAGAGCCCAUCCAUGUCCCUCUUUACUGCAAGGGUAUUUUCCUCACCCCAAAAACGAUUAUACUCCCCACUAAGCCCUCCAGAAGUGCUCACCCAUGACAUAACCCACAUCACUGAUGAAGAGCCACCAGCAGUCACAACAACUCCACCACCACCACCUCCAAUGACAGAGGCAACAAUGCCCCAAGCUUCAAUCAAUGAGAUGAGGUACUUCUGACAUAAUGAACAUUGAUGAAUGGUAGCAUCCUCAAUGUAACAUAUCAUACUAAGUUGAGUCCUGGAUUUACUUUUACUAUGUUAUGUAUAGUCUAUGAGACCAGGCUGUUAUAAGGGGAAAGAUUUGUUUUGGGAAUUUUCUAAAUAUUUUCAAUAUUAUGAAUUUCCAUGUUGGCUCUAUGCCCGGAAAUGCCCUUGUCCGGAUUUCAAACUCUCCAAAAAAGUGUUUAAAAUUCUAAAAACUGGCAAUAAUGAAUAUUAACUGAAAAAGGAUAUUAUGUAUUUUCUUGCAAUAGCCCUCGCUGACUUUAAAUAAUAGUUAUCUCAAAACUGUGAUUCCAAAAAAAAUGUGUCCGGAGAUUUGGUCAACUCCGUCAGAUUUGUCUAAAAUCCUACAUUUAUCAGGAAUUAUCAGGGUCAGCUAUACCAUAAGGACCCCUUAUUCAUGUCCUCAUUACAUGUAGUGCAACAAGACCACUCAUGGUCUGGAAAGUUCUCUGCUUUUGAUAGAUUUAAACAAACAAUAUUCAAAUCACCAUGGUCACAACCAUAAACUGUCAACUUCAUCUUCCUGAUAGAUUAAGAUAGGAUAUGAAUUUUGGUUCAAAUAUGUUUAUUUUCAUUGGAUUUUAGAGUCCUAAAGCAACUGAGGAAAAACUAAAUGUCUACUUUGUAUACCACUUAAAAGAAGAAGAAAAAAGCAAUUUUUGUCAACUCCGUUAAACCUCAACUCCGUCAGAUUUUUGUCUAACGUCAACUCUGUCAGAGUGCUGUAAUAGCUGAUAGAAUUGUUUUGUUUUUAUUGGGUAUUUUCAAAUGAAUCAUUUUCUAUAUUUUACAAACGUUUGUAUUAAACUUUUAUUUUUAGAGGCAAAAUAUGUCUGUUUUAAGUAUUUGUUGUCAACUCCAUCAGUGGCUUGUCAACUCCAUCACUGAUGGCUAACCCCUUAAGAUCGAUUUUUUUGGUCAAUAUUCGGAAAUAAUAUUCUAAUCACUGUUCUGCAACAUACAGCAUGCUUAAACUGUCACAUAUUUGCUCAGCUAGACCUAAGGGAUAAUGUUUGCUUUAUAAAUGUUGUUUUAAUGUUCUGAAUCUAGAAAAACAUGUCAAAAUGCUAACGAAAUGACCCCUGGAGCAUUUAAUAGUGCUAUAAAACAAAACAAAAAGAAGGUUAGGAGAUGUUUAUUUUUUAUUAAUGUUAGAAUGAAACAAUCAAGGCCUUUAAACAACUUGUUGGUCAAUAAAUGUAAAAAUUAACUGCCUUUUAAGGUGUCUGACGGAGUUGACAUAAAUACAGUUAGUUGCAUUUGAUGAAAACAUUUAAUAAUUAGGUUGUUCCUUUACAUGGUGUGAUGGCUGAUACUUUGGCCUAUCAAAAUAUAUAUUUCAAAUGUUGUUAAUAGUCAAAAAAUAUUUGUUAAAAAAAAGGUAGAGAUUGUCCCGUCUUUCAAGAAUCCCUGAACUGUCAAAUGUAUAAACUUAUGUGGUGUAAAAGUGUUUCUCUCUCUCUGAUCUCUCAGUUUAGAGACCAGUCUCCCUGACCCUCCCUCUCUGACUCCAACCCAGACUCUACUCUCCAUACCCUCUCUGACUCCAACCCAGACUCUACUCUCCAUACCCUCUCUGACUCCAACCCAGACUCUACUCUCCAUACCCUCUCUGACUCCAACCCAGACUCUACUCUCCAUACCUAACAGGUCAGUCCUGACUCCAACCCAAACUCUACUCUCCAUACCCUCUCUGACUCCAACCCAGACUCUACUCUCCAUACCCUCUCUGACUCCAACCCAGACUCUACUCUCCAUACCUAACAGGUCAGUCCUGACUCCAACCCAGACUCUACUCUCCAUACCCUCUCUGACUCCAACCCAGACUCUACUCUCCAUACCUAACAGAUCAGUCCUGACUCCAACACAGACUCUACUCUCCAUACCCUCUCUGACUCCAACCCAGACUCUACUCUCCAUACCUAACAGGUCAGUCCUGACUCCAACCCAGACUCUACUCUCCAUACCCUCUCUGACUCCAACCCAGACUCUACUCUCCAUACCCUCUCUGACUCCAACCCAGACUCUACUCUCCAUAUCCUCUCUGACUCCAACCCAGACUCUACUCUCCAUACCUAACAGGUCAGUCCUGACUCCAACCCAGACUCUACUCUCCAUACCCUCUCUGCACUCAGUAAAGCUGUCCCUGUGUGUUCUCGCUAUACCCAACUCACUACUGCCCUCUGCUGUACAGGCGUGUGACUGAGGACCUGUGUUCGUACUGCUGUAAACCCAUAGUGGCUGGAGCCAAGAUGAUCCUGGAGGACCUUCAGAUCUACAGCCACUCAUCCUGCUUCAAGGUAAACCAACACACCUAUCUAUUCAACAUACAUCCAUGUGUGUCCCAAAUGGCACCCUAGUCCCUUUAAAGUGCACUACCUUUGACCAGGCCCACUGGGCCCUAUGGGCUCUAUUCAAAGGUAGUGCACUAUAUAGGGAAUAGGGUGCCAUUUUCACACACCUACAGUACGUCACACAUCUACACGUCUAUCCAUUAAACACAUCUACAGUACAUCUACAUGUCUAUCCAUUAAACACAUCUACAGUACAUCUACACGUCUAUCCAUUAAACACAUCUACAGUACAUCUACAUGUCUAUCUAUUAAACACAUCUACAGUACAUCUACACGUCUAUCCAUUAAACACAUCUACAGUACAUCUACAUGUCUAUCCAUUAAACACAUCUACAGUACAUCUACAUGUCUAUCUAUUUAACCCACAUCUACAGUACAUCUACAUGUCUAUCUAUUUAACCCACAUCUACAGUACAUCUACAUGUCUAUCUAUUUAACCCACAUCUACAGGAAGUCACACAUAUUCCACAUAGUUGUGCUGUAGUGAUAACUGGAUAUGCCCUCUAGAUGUGUAUCAUGUUGUGUGCAGUCAGUCAGGCAGUCAGUCAAUCAGUAGGCAGGCAGUCAGAUUAUUAGAAUCACAUGAAUAACUGACUGUCUCUGAACCCAUACUGUAUGUAACCAUCUUCCUCUCCCGCUCUCCCUCCCUCCCUCUUCCCACUCCCUCCCCUUCCCCUCCCUCCCACUCCCUCCCCUUCCUCUCCCUCCCACUCCCUCCUCUUCCUCCCUUUCCUCUCUCUCUCCCUCUCCUCCACAGUGUGAGGUGUGCCACUGUCCUCUAGGAGACCUCCAUGCAGGAGACAGUAUGUGGCUCCAUAGAGGGACAGUGCACUGUGAAGGCUGCUUCAGCACAACCAGAGGUGUGUGUGUGUGUUAGUGUCCACAACAAAUCCGUCAUGCUAUGCUGGCUUAGCUCUAAUCCUGUCCUGUACGGGUUUCUUUACAGAGAAAUAUCUCCUCUAGGGAAGAAGAAUGACAGAAUGCUCAUGUCUCCACGGUAACAGACAGAGAACAAGGAGACAUCACUUCAAAAGCCGUAAAAGGACACAUUGCUUUUAUAUGUGUGGAUCUGGUG